AUGACCAGAGGUCCACCUAUUCUGGGCAAUGUUCCUUGGUCAUUUGGGGUCCAGAAGGUUUCUAGAAGUAGUGAGGGGUGGACUUCCUCAGUGUACGUGGAGACUGGUCAGGGUAAAAGUAGUGUGGUAAAUAAGUCAAAAGUAUUAACAGUUGUGUCGCCCAAUCUCAAACUUUCAAAUCCAGUAGGAAGUAAAAUUCCGAGUAUAGUAGUGACAUUAGUAGUACUUAUACAUGUAGUACCACAGUAUAUAGAAAGUAGAAUUCAAAGUAUAGUAGACACAUUAGUAGUACAUGUAGAAGUGCAGUAUAGAAGUGGUCACACAAAGGUGUUAGAAAGGUCUAGGUGUUAUGUUAAAAAGGUCAUGUCCGUAAAAAUGGACUCAGUACAAGAUUUAAUCGCUGCAGGCGAAAAGUUAGGUUAUGAAAAAGAAGAGUUAAGAAAUUAUGUUACAGAGCAACAGAAAUUACAGCGUGAAGAGAGAGCAGCGGCUCGACAGAGAGAAAAAGAAGAACGAGAAUAUCAGCUAGAGAUGGAACGCAUGUAUCAUGAGAUGAAGAUGAAGCAGCUACAAGAGGAACACGAAUUAGAACUAGCAAACAAAAGUGCACAAGGUAAGGUUAGUGAUGUUAUGGUAAAACCUAGUGUACCGAAAAUUCCUCCUUUUGACGAGAACAAAGAAGAGAUUGAUAGCUAUUUGAGAAGGUUUGAGAGGUUUGCGACUGCCAUGAAUUGGGAGCAAUCUUUAUGGUCAACACACCUCAGCGCUUUAUUGAAAGGACGAGCUCUAGAUGUAUAUGCUCUUAUGUCCACGUCAAAAGUAAGUGACUACGAUGAACUUAAAGCAGCUUUACUAAGUAGGUACGAAAUGACAGAGGAUGGUUUUAAAAAGAAAUUUCGUUCUUGUAGACCUGAAGUUGGGGAAACAUUUUAUCAGUUCACUGUUAGACUUGCUUCUUACUUGACUCGGUGGGUAGAAAUGUCCAAAAUUACUUGUUCAUUUGAGGCUCUUUUCGAUCUUAUGCUUAGAGAUCAAAUGUUACAUGUGUGCAAUUUUGAAUUGGCUGUAUUUCUGAAGCAGAAUGUUCCAAAGACAGUGGAUCAGAUGAGUAUGUUAGCUGAUCAGUUUAGGGAAGCUAGAAAUACUAGUGCUAUCAAUUUGUGUUCAAAGGCAGUGAACAAACCAGAGGUAAGUAAGGUACCAGAAAAACCCAAAGAUGCACGUCAGCAUCAGCAACAGAAGCCAAGGUUUGUUCCAAACAAUGAAAGAAAAUGUUUUGUGUGUAACAAAUAUGGUCACAUUGCACCCCAGUGCAGAUUUAAAAGUAAAAACUCAAGUGCAGCAGUGUGCAAGGACGAAUGUGGGAAAGGUCAAACAAAUGGUAGUAAUACAAAUCCAAGUACCUGCGCAGCGCUGAUUUACAGUCAAAACCCGUCUAUUUAUAGUCAGGUAAGUGACCAUACAACCGUUUUAACAUCAGCAUGUCAUUCUACAGCGAAACCAAUGCCUCUUUCAGCUGGUUACGUUGAAGGUCAUCCAGUUACUUUACUGAGAGAUUCAGGAUGUCGAAACAUUGUAGUGCGCAAGAGUUUGGUAAAAGAGGAAAACUUUACAGGUAGACAAGAAACGUGUGUUUUGGCAGACAACACGAGAAUAGUGGUCCCAGUGGCAAAGGUUGUCAUUGAUUCUCCAUAUGUAUCAGGUGAGUAUGAAUGUUGGUGUAUGGAAAAUCCUGUCUUUGAUCUGAUUAUAGGUGAAGUAGAGAAUGCGAGGAAACCUCAUGAUCCGGAUCCAGAAUGGAAACCUAACACUAUCACAGCGGUUGAAACAAGACAACAGGUAAAAGAAAAACAGAAAAAGUAUAAACCACUUAAAGUGCCAGAUAUUGUCAAAGAUGAAAUCAACACAGAUGACAUAUUGCGAGAACAGCAGUCAGAUCCGUCACUCGAAACAGCACGCAGAUAUGCACAGGAAGGUCGUACUUCACGUGAUGGUAAGGUCAAAUGGUUUGAAAAGAAUGGUCUUCUGUACAGGGAAUAUGUGUCAGCAGAAAAAGACGGUGGUAAGACCUAUUCUCAACUUAUAGUUCCAUCAAAGUUUCGUCAUAUUGUAAUGAAAUUAGCCCAUGAAUCAAUCAUGUCUGGUCAUCUAGCGAUUAGUAGAACCAUUUCUAGGAUUUUGUCAGAGUUCUUUUGGCCAGGAAUGCAGUCGGAAAUUAAACGAUUUUGUAGGUCAUGUGAUACAUGUCAAAGAACGGUGUCUAAGGGUACGGUAAAUAAAGUUCCUUUAGGUAGAAUGCCUUUAAUAGACGUUCCUUUUAAAAGAGUUGCUGUAGACAUUGUAGGUCCACUACACCCUCCAACUGAAAAAGGUAAUCGUUUUAUUUUGACUUUAGUCGAUUACGCCACAAGAUUUCCACAAGCGAAGGCGCUUCCAGGAAUAGACACAGAGCGGGUUGCUGAGGCCUUACUUGAGAUGUUCUCCUAUACAGGUAUUCCGGAGGAAAUAUUAACAGACAUGGGAAGUCAAUUUACUUCCGGGCUCAUGAAAGAGGUGAGUAGACUCAUUUCGUUGAAACAGUUAACAACUACUCCGUAUCACCCUAUGUGCAACGGGUUAGUUGAACGUUUUAACGGCACUCUUAAGCAAAUGCUUAAACGUAUGUGUAUUGAUAGACCAAGAGACUGGGAAAAAUAUCUACCCACUGUGCUUUUUGCCUAUCGUGAGGUGCCCCAGGAAAGUUUGGGCUUUGCUCCCUUUGAGUUGUUAUAUGGUCGUACGGUAAGAGGACCCAUGACGAUCCUGAAAGAACUAUGGACGAAAGAAAUUCCAGAUCAACAGGUAAAGUCUACCUACCAGUACAUUUUAGAUCUCCGCGAGCGAUUGGAGUCAACUUGGGAGUUGGCACAGGAGAAUCUUAAGAGGGCGUCACAAAGACACAAAGUGUACUUUGACAAGAAGGCUAGAGUACGAAAUAUGAAACCAGGUGAGAAAGUUUUGGUUUUGUUGCCUUCUGAUAGUAAUAAGCUCCUUAUGCAAUGGAAAGGCCCUUUUCAAAUUGUGAAAAAGAUAGGUAAAGUAGACUAUCAGUUAGACGUGAAGGGAAAAGUUAAGACCUAUCACGCAAACAUGUUAAAAAGAUAUGUAGAACGUUGUGAACCAGUUGUUCAAUGUGUUAUGUCAGUUGUAGAUUCAGAACAAAUUCAGUUUGAUGAAUCAGUUGGUGAGUAUGAUGAAGAAGCAGAGUUCGUACACGUACAGUCUCGAGAAUCCUACAAAGAUGUAGAUGUGAAUCCAGAUCUCAACAGAGAGGAGAGACAAACUCUUAUGGAUCUUUUAUACAGGUAUAGUGAUGUUUUAACAGAUGUACCAGGCCACACACAUGUGCUUGAACAUGAAAUCAGGACAACAACGGAUAAACCUGUCAGAGUAAGUCCGAGACAAAUCCCUUUUGCUAUGAUGGAAACGGUGAAAGAUGAGGUAUGUAAAAUGUUAGAAAUCGGGGUAAUAGAAUAUUCGGAAAGCCCAUAUUCAUCCCCAAUAGUCCUUGUUGCAAAGAAGGACAACACAUAUCGGUUUUGCGUCGAUUUUAGAGCUCUGAAUCGCAUUACUGUGUUUGAUGCGGAGCCUAUGCCUGAUGUUGACGCAAUGUUUGCGAAAUUAUCAGGUCAUAAAUACUUCUCACGGUUAGAUUUGUCAAAGGGGUACUGGCAAGUGCCGUUGUCUGAUUCUGCCCGUCCAAUGACAGCUUUUCAGACUCCCCAAGGUCUUUUCCAGUUCACCAAAAUGCCGUUCGGGCUGGUCACAGCUCCGGCUACUUUUUGUCGUCUCAUGCGCGAGCGUCUCCGUUCAGCGAAUCUCACCGCCAGACCAAUGAAAUGUUCUUUGGCUUAUCGGAAACUGGAGUGUUUGGGCCAUAUCAUAGGCGAUGACAAAGUACAUCCUCAUCCAGAUAAAGUGUCGGCUAUACAACAGGCGAACCAUCCUACGACGAAAAAACAACUGCGAUCUUUUCUAGGACUGGUAAAUUUUUACAGAAAGUUUAUCCCGAAUUUUGCCCAUAUAGCUCUUCCAUUAACAGACCUCACAAGAAAGUUCGCUCCUAGUAAAAUUCAGUGGACAGAAGCUCAGGAAUUAGCAUUUCAAAAUCUAAAAGCAUCUAUUAUUCAAUCUCCGAUUUUGAAAUUACCAGAUCUUUCCAAAGUUUUCAUUGUACCGACUGACGCAUCCGACAGGGGUAUUGGAGCAGUGCUUUUACAGGAAGAAGGUGAAUUCAAACUCCCUGUUGCCUAUGCCAGCCGCAAACUAAAACCAAGUGAAGAACACUACUCAACGACAGAAAAGGAAUGUUUGGGUAUCAUUUGGUCAGUGCAAAAGUUUCACAGGUAUCUCUAUGGCAAAGAGUUUAUUUUAGAGACAGAUCACCAUCCGCUGGUAUAUUUAAAUAAGACGAAGUUGGUGAACUCCAGACUAAUGAGAUGGGCAUUGUCACUUCAGCCGUACCGAUUCCGCAUCAGGGCUAUCAGAGGGAAGGACAAUGUAGGAGCGGAUUAUUUAAGCAGACAGUAA